GUUUCCGGUGUCAUGGCGGCGCGGUGGAGCUGCAGGUGACAUUUGCAGACAGAAGAAGUAAAGUAUCCAGGAGUUCAUGCCAGCUUGUCUUUGUUACUUGGACUAGCUUAAGAAUUUAUCAGACCAGCUACCAAAAUGAAAAGUAGUGUGGGACAGAUAAAACAUUAUUCUGAGAGAAGGGAGAACUAUCAUUCAUACCAGAGAAAUUCAUCUCCUGAAGACAGAUAUGCAGAUCAAGAACGAUCCCCUCGGGAUAGAGAUUACUUUGAUUAUAGAUCAGAUUAUGAACGUUCAAGAAGAGGACGUUCUUAUGAUGGCAGCAUGGAAUCACGAAGCAGGGACCGAGAAAAACGCAGAGAAAGAGAAAGAGAUGCUGAUCGGAAACGGUCCCGGAGAACCCCAUCUCCUUCAAGAAGAAGCCCAGAAUCAUCGCUGACCCACAGUUCCUCUGCUCAGGAUGAACCUAGUGCGAAGAAAAAGAAAGAUGAACUGGAUCCUCUCCUUACUCGUACAGGCGGAGCAUAUAUUCCUCCUGCAAAGCUCAGAAUGAUGCAGGAGCAGAUUACAGAUAAGAACAGCUUGGCCUACCAGAGGAUGAGCUGGGAAGCCUUAAAGAAGUCAAUCAAUGGUCUCAUCAACAAAGUCAACAUUUCUAAUAUAGGUAUUAUUAUUCAAGAACUUCUGCAAGAAAAUAUAGUUAGAGGAAGGGGCCUUCUCUCCAGAUCUGUUUUGCAAGCCCAGAGUGCUUCUCCAAUCUUCACCCAUGUUUAUGCAGCAUUGGUUGCAAUUAUAAAUUCCAAAUUUCCACAAAUUGGAGAAUUAAUCCUCAAGAGAUUAAUUCUUAACUUUCGAAAAGGCUAUCGAAGAAAUGAUAAGCAACUUUGUCUGACUGCUUCAAAAUUUGUGGCACAUCUUAUUAACCAGAAUGUGGCACAUGAAGUUUUAUGCUUAGAGAUGCUUACUUUGCUCUUGGAAAGACCAACAGAUGAUAGUGUUGAAGUGGCUAUUGGUUUUCUCAAAGAAUGUGGCCUCAAAUUAACCCAGGUGUCACCAAGGGGAAUCAAUGCUAUAUUUGAACGCCUUCGAAAUAUUCUCCAUGAAUCUGAAAUUGACAAAAGAGUUCAGUAUAUGAUUGAAGUGAUGUUUGCUGUACGGAAAGAUGGAUUCAAGGACCAUCCAGUUAUCCUUGAAGGACUUGAUUUAGUAGAAGAGGAUGAUCAAUUCACCCACAUGCUCCCUCUGGAGGAUGACUAUAAUCCAGAAGAUGUUCUUAAUGUUUUCAAGAUGGAUCCCAGUUUUAUGGAGAAUGAAGAAAAAUACAAAGCCAUAAAGAAGGAAAUUCUUGAUGAAGGAGAUAGUGAUUCAAACACGGACCAAGAUGCUGAAAGUAGUGACGAGGAGGAGGAGGAAGAGGAGGAGGAAGAGGGUGAAGAUGAAGAAGGAAAAAAAUUAACUAUUCAUGACAAAACAGAAAUUAAUCUAGUCUCAUUUCGUCGUACAAUUUAUCUUGCAAUUCAGUCAAGUUUAGAUUUUGAAGAAUGUGCUCAUAAAUUACUGAAAAUGGAGUUUCCUGAAAGUCAAACAAAAGAACUCUGCAACAUGAUUCUUGAUUGUUGUGCUCAACAAAGAACAUAUGAGAAGUUUUUUGGCUUAUUAGCUGGGCGAUUUUGCAUGCUGAAAAAGGAAUACAUGGAAUCCUUCGAAGGCAUAUUCAAAGAACAAUAUGAUACUAUCCAUCGCUUGGAAACAAACAAAUUGAGAAAUGUUGCUAAGAUGUUUGCUCACCUUUUAUACACUGAUUCACUUCCAUGGAGUGUUCUUGAAUGUAUAAAGCUCAGUGAAGAAACCACUACAUCAUCUAGUAGAAUUUUUGUUAAAAUAUUUUUCCAGGAACUGUGUGAAUAUAUGGGUCUUCCUAAACUUAAUGCAAGAUUAAAGGAUGAGACCCUGCAGCCUUUCUUUGAAGGAUUAUUACCCCGAGAUAAUCCAAGGAAUACUCGAUUUGCCAUCAAUUUCUUCACAUCUAUAGGUCUUGGAGGGUUAACGGACGAAUUGCGUGAGCACCUCAAAAAUACACCCAAGGUCAUCGUGGCCCAGAAAGUGGAUGUUGAGCCAAGUCAGUCUUCCUCAUCAUCUUCUUCUGCAUCCUCCUCUUCUGAGUCUGACUCGUCUGCCUCCGACUCGGACAGCAGUGACAGCAGCUCAGAGUCAUCCAGCGAGGAGAGCGAAUCUUCGUCCAGCAGCAGCCAGAGUUCGGCCUCAGAUAAAGAUAAAAGAAAGAAGGCACAAGGGAAAACCAGAAAGAAAGAAGUAGAUAAAUUGACGCGGAAACAACAGGCCAAUGAUCGGAAAUAUGAUGACAGAAGAGCAGACCACAGGCACCAAGAAACCAGGACUGAGCGGGAAAGAAGAUCAGAAAAGCAUAGAGAGAAAAAUUCAAGAGAUCCACAUUGGAGAGAUUCCGUAUCGGCAUACACUUCAGAGAGCAGAGGUGUUCCUUCCGAACGAAAUAGCUAUAGUAGAGUUAUGAAUGAUGGAGACCAAGAAAUGUAUACAGAUUUGGAAAGUAAGCAUGGUGACACCAGAAGGAAGAGAGGAGAAAGAAGAAAUUCCUUUUCUGAAAAUGAGCACCGACACCGAAAUAAGGACAGUGAGAAUUUCAGAAGAAGAGAGAGAUCGAAGUCAAAGGAAAAGAGUAGAAAACAUUCAGAUUCCAGAAGUGAUGAAGAUAGAUAUCAGAAUGGUGCUGAGAAGAGAUGGGAAAAAUCUAGCAGGCAUUUUGAACAGUCUAGAGAAUCAAAGAAAAAUCAGGACCGACGAAGAGAAAAGUCUCCAACAAAGCAGAAAAAAUAAUUGUACAAAAUGACAGAAAUUGACCAUGCCUUAUAUGUAGUUGAAACAAAUUAUUUUUCACAUUGAUGAACUUUAUAGAGAAUUCUUGUAUAAAGUACUGGUUUGUAUAUGUACAUUUAAAAACUGUUUUUGUUUCAACACCUUUUAUAACCGAUGCAUCUCAAGGCCCUCUGCUUCAAGUUAUUUGAAAAGUUUCACCAGAGAGGGAUGUAAUUCUUGCUUAUAUUUUGAUAAUAAAAUAUCAAAUGCUCAUUGAAUCAGUGAUUUUUUUCAUUGACAACGUAUUUUUUCUGAUAAUAAUAUUUUGAAUAGUUUAUAAAACUAUUAGAUUGAAUUGUUAGUACCAUUUUAUUUAUAACUGGAGACCAAAAUAGAGGGAUCGUUUCAAGUGUAACAUUUCUGCUUUGUUAUUUGUGUGCUGUGAUUCAUUUCCUAGUCACUCUUUUUUUAAAGUAGAGAAAUCAUUUCAAGUUUCAUAUCAUAUAUUUAAUAAAAUCUGUAACUUUUCUAAUGUGUUGGUGAAGAUGAGUAGGUGUUUGUUAGUUUUCAUCACAGCUAUUUGAUUUAUAACUGGUACAUCUCUCAUUGAUGACAUUUCUUCUCUCUGGCCUGGUAGAUAACACUUAAUUGGAAUUCUUUCCCUUAUUGCUUUUCUCAGCCUUAAAGUUAUAUCACUGUUGGUUAGUUAAUACGUAUUUAAUUUUUUUAUUUGAAUUAAUAGGCCAUUGAAAAACAAAUGGUCAUAGGAAAUGUAAAAGCCUGUGAAAUAAUUCCAAUUUUGAAAUAAUUUUAAGAAUUUCCAAUUGUAAUAUGUGACCAUAUUAUUUAUUACUUUGGGAAUAAACUAUGUCU